AGCCACUAUUUUAUUAAAUAAAAAUGGUCGCCUGGUCCUCGCCCUUCUCUCUUGUUCUUAUUUCCUUCUUCUCUGUUUUUUUUUUUUUUUUGUUUGUUUGCAUUAAUUAAAAAAACUUCGUAUUGUCGCGUUGAGUCUACCCCCAAAAGGCAGUUCGUCUCUAAAGUGCUUGAUCUCUAAAUGUUUCUGUUCUUCAAAUAACUUCUUAUGUUCAACGGAAGUUUACGCACCAAUGACUGGAAAACGUGUGCGUUCUUGACUACGCCGAAAAAUGCAAAGUUGUUGAAGAGUUUGCUGUAGAAUGGAAAAAGAAGGAGGACAAGUAUUGAUGCCUGUUGAGGCCGAAGCUUAUGUUGAAAGUCUAGAAUAUUUUGAUUUGAAAGAUAUUGGAAGCUCAAGGUGGUUCCAACAACAUGAACGUAUAGAAAAGCUGAAUAUUCAAGCAGUUCUCAGUGCGUCUGUACAGGAAGAUGAAUUUGUGAAAGAGUUUUUUAUCAAUCAUGACAAAGUGAAGUUGCUGAUUCAAGAUCUCUUGACAACUGAAGUGUGGAGAGAAAAAGUGUUUGCAGAGAUCCUGGAUUCUGAUUUUGAACCAAAGACAACAUUCCCCUUGUAUAUGGUGUUAUAUCAUGAAGCUACAUUGGUCAACCUGCUGGAAACAAUUAUGUAUCACAGAGAUUCUUGUGAAACUGCAGAGGACUUCAUAAAUGAUCUGGUGGAUUACUGUUACCGCAAACUGUGUCUUCUGGUAUCCAGAAAUCCUGGUGAAGAUGAUUUUGAAGAGAUUCUGAAAGGAAAGCAGGAUCUCACUGCAAGUGCCCCCAUCUCAUCAAUGGAGGAACUAGAAAAGCAAGAAAAACAACUGAAUUUUGAUAUGUGCGUCAAAGCAUUGUCACUUCUUCGCUACUUUACAGAUCACCUACAAGGGCUUCCUCUGAGUGUUAUGAGCCGUAUUUUAAACACACAUGAUGUACCUAAUCUUCUUGUACAGCUGGUUGAAAGUCCUCCCUGGAGAAGACGUAUCAAAGGCAAGACAUACAAGUACAUAGACAGCAAAUGGAAAGAAAUAAUAGAUGAAGAAGCUUUUCAAUUGACAAAGACAGAAGGACAAGUGUGGAUAGCGCUUUUUCAUCUUCUGAUGGAUUCAAGCUGCCAGGAGAAGUAUGACCUGAAUUCCUAUCGUAAGAAUAUGAUUCUCAAGCUUAGGGCACAUCUGACACCAAUACUUAUUGACCAGCUGCCAGUCUUAGGAGAAAUGUUGCGUUAUCUGGAACAACUGUCAAUGAUGGACCCUCCUCCAGGCAAGGACCUUAUACUGGAACAGGUUCCAGAAAUCAGAAACAGUGUUCUUAAAAAGUAUGAAGGCAAGUGGGAGAAACUUGCCAAAGAGCAGAUAAAGUCCUUCUUUAAUCCUUCAGAAGAAGAGAUUAAAGAGCAAGCAAGAAGGUGGGUAGAUACCUACAGCUUUGAAGUAUUGGAAAACCUGAUUGCUGAACCUCCCAAGUGCACUGUAUGUGGAGAACAAGCAACAAAACGAUGUUCGCGCUGCCAGAAUGAGUGGUAUUGUCGAAGGGAAUGUCAGGUGCAGCACUGGCCCAAACACAAGAAGGCAUGUGACUUGAUGCAAGAUUCAAUCAAGACAAAGAACGAAUCAGAAAAUGUUGCAAAGAGCUCCUGAUGCAGCAUGUGAUUUUUGAAAAAAUAAAGCAUUUGUGGACCUAUUCAAAAAUAGAAAUCAUUUUUCUGUUGAUCAAGAUGUUUGGUUCACAUAUAUAUAAAACAGCAUAUUAUAGCAGGAUGCAAAUUUUGCAGAAUGUUGCUAACAAUUUUUUUAUGAAACAGAUUUUAUUUUAGUUUUCAAUGAAUUAAUGAAAAUGAUGGUAAUUUAACAUUAGCCACUGCAUUUUGUUGCUGAUAUAUGAGAGCAUUUUUCACAGCGUUGUGCAAUUUGGCAAUAGGUUGUUUAACUUCUAAAUAGCAUUCUUUUGACCAAGUAGUAUUAAACUGUGAUGCUUGAUCAGCCCAUUUUGGUGAAUGGAUGCAUUCCAGCUCUUUAAAGGACAUCAGUUGUUAAUGAACUUAACAAUGCAAAACUGUUGGAGUUUCAUGUGAUAAUACUAACAGCUUUACAUUAUGAAAGGUUGACAAAGCGUUCAACAAGCAUGAUUGUAUUGGAUGUUUUGGUUUUACAUACCAGUGCUGCCAUAUGUGCAUGACAGUAAAAUCUGAGGAACAUUUCAGAUUAAGAAACUGUAACCAUAACUUUGUGCUCUUUUUUAAACACUUCAUGCUUAGAUUUCAUUUUGUCUGUUGUGUUUAAUGAAUAGAAAGCAUUUUGGUGCUACACAUUUGUCUACACUACACGUUUUACUGCAAUAAAUAAAAAGUCCGUCCUGUAA